UUCGCGGCAGCGUUUGGGGGGUCGGGAGGCAACAAGUCUCGCGUAUAAAGUGCAGCAAACAGCAGUAGCAGCCGGCAGUAUUGCCGAACGAGUGAAGAAUGAUGACAAGAUAGUCGUCACAUCGUGCGUCACCAAAUGUGAAGAGCCGCCUGCCUCGGCACGACCCUUCUUAAUGAAAAGGUCCCGAAGCAACACAAUGGCUACGAAAGGAGCUGUAGUGGUGGGCUCCGGAUUAAUCCGACUACCCUAGGAGAAUUUAACCUACACCCAAAGUACACGAGCGUUCAUGGAUUUCGCCCACUAUCGAAAACUUGCCGCCGAGACCGGAAAUCGAACUCGUGCUCAGCAGCAAAAUACCAUAUCCACUGAACGGAAAAUGCUUCGGUUUCACACUCUGGAUGCCAGUGCUGAGACACAGUCGUCAAGGGUCGACGCCGUCCCAUCUCGCCACCAAAGUCAACGUCAUCGCCCUUGCCGAUGCGGCCUUCGUCACUUUUCAUUGCCGAUCUGUCGCCGCGAUCGAAGCCUAAAGUUUCCAGACCGUUGACUGCGGCGACAAUGAGACCGGUCGAGAUCUUCGUGCUCGAGCAUGCACUCAAAUACCAGAUGGGCAAUGCCGUGAAAGCUCUGCGUGGCCGGGGUAACAAGCAGACCAUUGUGUACAAUUUGAGCUCACCAUACAUCUGCCUUAUGUACCUGGUGCACGUCUUCAGUGGCUACCUGACCUCGUCAUACCAAACCAUCUCCACUUGGGAUCCUGCAGUCCUGAAGGUGCUCGUAGAUGUUUUCAUGGACAUGUACUCCCGAGAAAAGUUCACCUCCGAGAAGGUCCUUGUCCCUCUCAUCUUGCGUGCCCGGUUGUUGGAGAUCAUCGUGUAUGCUGAAAAGGCAAUGCCACCUGGCUAUGUGCUGGAAAAGCUGGAUGCAUAUUUUCCACAGCCCACGGAAUCUACCUGGAAGGAGUUUGGUCAGACCUACUCUCUCAGGGGCAAGUCUAUGUCGUGGCUGCUGGACACUUGCAAGAAAUCUCGCCAGUACGUAAUGAACCUGGUGAUGAAGAAAAAACGCUUGGACAGUGACUCGCGGGACCUUGAAGGAUUUGUGGUGACUGUCAAGCGUCUUGUUGACCAGAUUGCUGCUGACAUCUCUACAACCAUCCCACGAACUGGCCUGGAAAAGAUUCUUGCGGGAGAGAAGAUUCAGCUUGACCCGGACACCGAGCAGAUAAUUCAGACAGUGAUCAACAAGAACCAGCCAAUCGUCGAGAAGCAUUUGCUUCGUCUGCUUGAGCUUCAGGAGUCGGUGGAGCACCCUGUCGAGUUGAAAUCCAUCGCAGACGACGACCUCUGAGGCACUUCCGCUGCUUGCUUCGUCACUCUUCAAGCGGAUUGGGCCAUUGGCGCAUCGAUGUGAGGAAAUGACUGUGUGAAUGUGAGGAAGUAGGUGCGAAGGGCAGUUUAUUGUUAUGAACUGCCAUGUGGUGUGGAAUGGGUACAAGUGGAGGUUCACCGCUGCAAAGUCCCCCUGUCAAAUCUGCUCUUGCCCACAGAGGACGAAACAUUUGAGGAGAGGUAUCUCACCGCCCGCACUAGCGGGCACGGGCCGCCCAGUCAUGACACAUCUGGUGAAGAGAUAAUGUAGGGUUUCUGUACAGAAGCACGCUAAAUGUUAGGCAAGCUAAACAUGCAUUAUCCAACCGGGUAUCUGUGCUUUCCGAAAUCAUUGGUCGUACCUUCAGACCUCAAAGCUGUAUGUAAGCAUGGUGGUUGCACUUCAGCAUACCUGCUGAACAUAUAAAGGCAGAUGAACUUGCAUUAAGAAGCACUGACUAAUGCGCAAGAUGAGCACUUUUUAUCACCUGUGCAGCAAAACCACUCUUACGAACUGUUAAUGGGACUUCUUCCUUUUUUUUUUUUUGUUAGUUUCUGUGUAGCCGGUGUGCGGAUUUCACAAAAGGUGGGAAGCAGUGCCAGAGAAAUAGAUACAAUAUUGGGAGUUCUGUCCACAUUUUUCGUUGUCUUAUUCUUUCUUUUCCACUGUUUUCUCUCUUACAUGAAGGUGGACCUUCGCAACUCUACAUUAUGCUCAACAGGCCCUUCUGAAAAGUGUCAAGCUGGCUUUGUAGCUGGCACAUUGUUCUUGUUGUCGUGCAUUUAACAGUGCACCAGCUGCACAGUAGUCAUCGCUUUAACAGGCCACCAUACUUUUGGCAAGCGUGUAGUGCCCAAAAGCCAGCUUAACACUUUUUAAAAGGAUCCGUUAUCCACAAAUAUAUACCACAAACCUGACCUUUGACUCGAAGGGGCACCCUCAGCUGAGAGAGGGUAUGCGAUUGCACUCUCUUUGCCAAGUUUCUAACCCCGCGCAGUAAAGCACAUCUCAACACGAGGCAAGACACUGUAACAUUACAACGAUGCAGCAGAGAGAGAGAGAGUUUUGCCUCCUAGAGAAUUCUUGUUCCAUGUUUAGCACUACUUCUUUCUCAUCGCGCAGCUUUUGGCAUUUUUUCUUCUGUACAUUUACCAUUAUCAUAUUAGCACUGAUGUGGAUUGCUGCUUCAUACAUUUUUGUUCUCCAACAAGCAUACAUUUAAGUGAGAAAAGGUACAGAUAUGUUUCUUGAGUUCAGUGUUGAAGUGCAGUCAUUUUUAAUGUGUCCAGAACUCCAACCUCUGAACUCGUUUAGUUUCUUUUAAGCUUUUCUUGCUCUGGGAAGCUGCUUUUAAAGAAUAUAAAUUACUGCUUUAAAUGUUAAGCUAUGCUACUUGAAAGUGGAGAAUUGGUAUAGUGGCACAAACGCAUGGAAUCUAGAGUAUAAACAUUAUGUUUGUAUGCACAUGUGGAGCUGGUGGUAAUCCAUAGGACAUGUGAAAUAUUUAGACUGGCUGGUAGGGUGGUGUAGAGUUUCUUGUUUUGUAGCGUUAGCUACACUGGCCUAGCCAAGCCCGUUUCGUGCGGCACAUCAAGAGCCGUGCUGCGCAUGCGCAAGGAUCAGUGAUGUCACACGGCUUGCGCACUGGAGCCACCGGAGCCGGCACCUCUCGCGCACUCCGCCGCCGGCGCGCGCGACUCACCGCCGCCGGUCUGCGCAUUCCAGAGGAGUGACGUCGUAGCCGUGGUAGACGCACUGGCGCCGGCGCGCGCUCGCUGUGCAGUCGCCGUCUGACACUGCACUGGAGCCGCUGCGCUUCUGACUGGCGUUUGUGUGUGUCAUUGGAGCAGCAGUAAGCAUGACAAUCAAGCUAAUCCUUGACAAUCUAGACAACCAGGAAAGCUAAGAAUAAUCAGCUGAACCUUUGCUAACGCUACGUAUAUC